UCUUUAUAAAGCCACACCAUUUCUUUAAGAUAGAUCGCCAACCAUGAUCAACCAUUCUGAAUCAAGGUCUUUCGUUACUCGUGACUUGCUCAACAAUCAUAAUUCAUGUAAACAAUUGCAACUUCCUGAAUUUAAGCCAGAAAAACAUUAUUUCAAGAAAAGCAUGCUUCAAGAUCUCAACCAACCACCCGAACCAUUAAAUUUGUUGAAUGAUACUAGCUUAGACCUUAAGCUUGUCUCUAUAUCUUCAUCAUCACCACCACCUUAUACUCUUGGUAAAGUAAAAUUUGCCCUUGAAAGAGCCGAAAAAGAGAUGAUCACCAAGAAACGUUCCAUUUCAACGUCUUCAUUCAAAGAAACAAAAGUUGAUAAUGAAGCUUAUGCCGCUGGAUGCCCAAGUUGCUUGCUUUAUGUGCUUAUAUCUAGGACCAAUCCCAAAUGUCCUAGUUGUAACAUGAUCGUACCCUCUACUACAACUAUCAAGAAGCCCCGGAUCGAUCUUAGCUUUACGAUAUGAGUUAUAGCGCUAGCUAUAUAUAUAGGAUUAACACGUUGCUGCUCAUCAAAUAUAGUUAGCUAGCAUUGAGCAAGAUGCAUGGCUAAAUUACUUGUGUAAUUGAUAUAAUGUUUUGAAAGUUAUGGUUAGUGAAUUAAGGAUCCAACAUUUAAGCACUUUUUAAGCAAUUAAUAAAGAAUUAAUUCGU